CGCAGGUGUUUUGUUUGUAAUGCAUCCAGAAUCUUAAGCGUCAUAAGUGAUUAACGUGGUAUCGAUGUUCUGGUGUUUCAGCCGUCUGCCGUUUAAUAAUUUUUCCGGGAGCAUUCCCAGCGAGCUUGGCAGGCUUUGGAAGCUGCGGACUCUCGACCUGCGAAACAAUUUGCUGACAGGCGCCAUACCUGAAGAACUCGGAUUACUUCCCAAUUUGGUGCAACUGUAUCUGGACAACAAUCAACUGACGGCUCCAAUGCCUUUGGGUCUUCAGAAGCGUAUUCUCAGUGGAAUGUUGGAUUUCACGGCCUCGGGAAACUUGGAUAUAUUUGGAUAUUCCGCAAAUAAUUUCAGUACGGCUGUGGGCAGUGUACCUCCGACUGUCAGUUGCACAGGAAAGAAGAGACGCUCAGGGCAGGAUGCCUUGAACUCUGAAGGAAGUGUGAAUAUUGAAGCAGUCGGUGAAAGAACGAAAGCGGCGGUUUACAGCGGGGGGGGCGUAUUUUUGCUUGCUGCUGUCGGUGGACCAUUGGCAGGCAUCCUUGUUCUCGCCAUCGCUGUAAUGUGCGGCUGGGUCCUUUACCUACGUUGGAGGAAGCGGAACGAGAACGGACAUGACAAGCCUGAGGGCUCACGGAGAGGAGCAGCAUGCGUGGCACAUCCUACACAGGAUCUUCAGUUGUUGAGUGAAGAUCAGUUGAGAGCAGCCACGAAAGGAUUCAUGGCACUGAUUGGAACUGAUGCACUUGGGACUGUUUAUCGUGGCGAACUCCCCGAUGGUCGUAUAGCCACGAUCAAGCUCCGCAAUGCGACAAAUAUCCAGGAAGCUGCCAUUUUUGACCAGAGAAGAUUCGCAUGGCCCCAGCACAAAGAUGACAUUCGUAAAUCGAGAAAUGGUCCACAUGAUAGAAGAAGAAGAAGAAGAAGAAGAAGAGGAGGAGGAGGAGGAGGAGGAGGAGGAGGAGGAGGAGAAGGAGAAGAAGAAGACGAAGACGAAGAAGAAGAAGAAGAAGAAGAAGGAGGAGGAGGAGAAGAAGAAGACAACGGAGGAGGAGGGCAAGAAGGAGAAUAACAAGGAGAAGAAGAAGAAGAAGGGGAGGAGGAGGAGCAGCAGCAGAAGAAGGAGGAGGAGGAGGAGGAGCAGGCGGAGAUUCCGGAGAAGAAGAAGAAGAAGAAGAAGGAGAAUAAUAAUAAUAAUAAGAAGAAGAAGUCUGAGCCCCCAAAACGCUGACCACUUGUCUAAUCAAGGGCCAUUUAAUGU